GCCAGUUACAGCAAGAGAGCUGGACGAACGGCAAAGGAGGAGGAGAGAGAAAAUUCAACAAGAGAAUUAAACAAGCAGGACUGGGAUAGAGAGAGAGAGAGAGAGAGAGAGAGAGGGGAAAAGAGGGAAGGACCUGAAAAACAGGAGAAAAGGGAAAGUGAACUGCGUCCACUACCAGGGGAAAAUGAUGACCGGUGCAUUGUACCUGUUGCUGGCUGUCUGGCUCCACAUCAGGCCAUUAAGUGGAGGUCUGCUGAAGUUGGAGGGUGAGCUGGAGGGCAGCAAUGUGAUCAGUCACUCUCAAGGUUUGGUGGGCCGACUGGAGACCCUCCUCCUCCAUGGAAACAGCAGUGACGUCUCACUGCGUGUGGAGACGGUGGACGGUGAUGAGGUGAAGCUGAUCCAGGCCCACACUUUGGUUCUGUCCCUACAGAGCUCCACAUUCAGCCGCAUGCUGCAGACCCGCAACAGCAGCACACUGGUCCUGCAGGAGAGCUCAGACUGCGUGGCCGUCUUCGAGAAGUUCAUCAGGUACCUGUACUGUGGCGAACUCUCCUUGCGCUUGGACCAAGUCACAGCUCUGCAUAAGUUGGCUAUCAAAUACGGUGUCUCAGACCUCCAGCAGGGACUGACUGAAUACAUGAGCCGGAACCUGGCUGGUGCCUCAGCAAGCGGUCAUGUGGUGGGAUGGUACGAGUAUGCUGUGGUGGCAGGGGAUGAGGGUCUGAAGACCACCUGCUUGCAGUUCCUGUCAUGGAACCUGUCAUUUGUCCUGCGGAGUACACAGUGGCCAUCAGUCAGUGCAGAGCUGCUCCUGGCACUGCUGCGGCGCUCUGAUCUGGUGCUUCAAAGUGAGCUGGAGCUUUUUGAGGGCUUGGAAGCCUGGCUGAUCCAGAACGAUCCUGACAGCUUGACUGUUGAAAAUGCUCUCCGGGCGGUUCGCUAUGCCAUGAUACCACCACAGGAGCUUUUCCGCCUGCAGCGCUACUCACCCAUCCUGCGACGUUACCAUGAGUCGGUGCGGGACCUUCUCUAUUUGUCCUUCCAGUUCCACUCGGCUUCCCCGAUGCAGCUGGCCAAGUUCUUCGAUGUCAACUGCAGCCUAUUUGUACCACGGAAUUAUUUAGUGGCAUCCUGGGGUACAUCCUGGGUUGUCAACAAUCCAGUGCGAGAUGACCGCAGCACCAGCUUUCAGACCCAGCUGGGUCCCAGUGGCCAUGACGAAGGAAAGCGGGUGACGUGGAAUGCUUUGUUUUCACCACGCUGGCUCCCGGUUAGCCUCAGGCCCAUGUACAAUGAGCAGAGCACCAUGCACCAGUCCCAGCCUGUGCAGCCACCCAUGAGUGCUGCUCGGCCUCGCAUCAUCAUCACUCCUACCACAUCCAGCGCCGAGUUUGCAGGUGUCAGCUUCCAGAAGACUGUGAUUGUGUCCACCAGGCAGCAGGGUCAGCUGGUGGUGCAAAACAUCUACAACUUCCACCAAAGCACAGAGGAGGCUGGGGACUUCCUAGCUGGAGCUGACCUGCAACAACGCAGCUCUGAAUACUUAACAGAGGGGUCCCUGUACCUGCAUGUCAUCAUCAAACCCCUUUAUCAGACACUCAUUGCUAUUAAAAAGUAAAAGCAGAUGCUAUCAGAGACACAAAAGUAGUUUUAAUCUGAAAGCACUGAUGUUCUUCCAAUGAAAGAUGAGGAUUCACUUCAGAUGUUAAGAGGACGUGGAAGAUUUUAAAGAAUAUGAUCAUCAACAAGCCCCUUGAGCAGAUGCUCAUUGCCAUGAAAAAGUAAAAGUGAAAGCAUCAAAAUCCAGAAGACCCAACAGUGUGUAGAAUAUGACGUGAGAAUUCAGAUCUUAAACGAUCACUUGUGAUUUCAAAUUUUGUGUUUGAAAGUAUUUGGCUAUUGGUGACAAUCACAAGCUAAAUUUUUCAUAUGUGAAUGACUCCAUAUUAUUACCAAGCAGAGAUGGGAACUCAAGUCAGUGACUUGGACUUGAGUCACAUUCAAGUUGCAUGUUGAUAGACUUGUGACUCAAAUAGGACACAUCCUUAAAUGACUUGCGUCUCGACUCUUUACUCCAGGGGUGUCCAAUCUUAUAUGCAGAUGCUGUAGGUUUUCACUCCAACAAAGCAGGAGGUCACCUGAUGAAUGUCUGAAGACUAAGACCAACUGAUUAAAGGAGUAGAAUCAGAUGUUCACCAGCUUGUUGGGAGUGCAAAUCUGCAGCCACACUAGCCCUUUGCGGAUAAGAUCGGACACUCUCUUACUUUAACCACAGAGCUUCGGUUCCAUCCUUCAGACUGAAUGAUGAAAGGAUCAUUAUCGAAUUCAUGCUGGGCGCGACAGGUUUUUAGUGAGAAAUUUCGUUUGUAAAAUGCCACGGCUGCCGCUAAUAACAAGACUAAACUGAAAUUCUCUACUAAAGACAUAGGACUUGACAUGGACUCACACCUUAGAGAGUCAUGACUUGACUUGCACUUAGAAACUUGAGGAUCGACUCGGACAUGCACUCCAGAGACUCAAGACUUGACUUUAACCCACAAUGGACGUGACGGUCAAGACGGACUUGACUUGGGCUUGUAACCAAGAUACUUGAGACUUGGACUCGCACCUCUAAAAGUUCAGACUCGCACUCGCAGCCCAGAGACUCAAGACUUGCACCCAAGAGACUGGAAACUCAACUCAUACUUACAUCUGAGGGACUCAAGACUCCAUUUAUACUCACACCUCAGAGACUUGAGAUUUGACUCAGGACUCAGGACCUCAAGACUCAAGACUCAACUUGGACCUGCACUUUAGAGACUCGAGACAUUCGCACCGCAGAGACUUGACACUCAACUUGGAUUCUCAAGAAUCUUGUGAAGAUCUCUUUCAUCAAGCCCCUGAAGUCACCAUAGAACACCACAUAAAAUCACUGAUAUCCAUCAAAUGAAAGAUGACAGUUUGAGUCAAAAAUCAUCAAAAAACAUACAGCUAUGGAACUGUUUGAAUUAAUUCAUGAAUUUCUCAGAAGAUCAGACAAAGUUGACUCAGCGACAACCAUCUGUCUAAUAAAUAAAACUAAUGAAUAAAACUGGGUAGGAUUCAAGGAUAAUUGUGUCUACUGACUGCACUUGGUUUCCUAAUUAAGGUAGAUGCUGUCUUAAUGCAUUAAAAUGGACUUUACAUCUACAACCUGCGAUGGAGUGCACCCAUAUCACAGCCUUAGAGAAAGACUACAGCCUCAUGCACUGCUAGUUUUCUGUACAGCAACCAGAUAAUACAUCUCCCACUUCAGAACUAUCAUUUACUCCUCACUGCACUGCUUCCAGACUUUUCCAGAGUGACACAGGAACAAUGAACAUUGUUUCUUAGUCUAAUGUGAAUAGGUGCUGCUGUAAAUACGACACUAUAUCAGACUACUUUCAAGUUUGUAAUCUCAUGCAAGCAUUUUAAAGUGUGCUUAAAAAAGGUCACAUAAAACUUCAUUGAUUUCUUCUUUGUAGGUAUUUUGCAAUUGCAGUAGCCCUCAUUGCUCUGAGAACAGAUCCUAAUUCCUCGUAAUAAUUCUUGCAGUCACAACAUUUUUCCUUUUAUUUUAACUAUUGUAAUCUUAAUGUAUUUUGUUGAUUAUAACUUAAUAACAUACCUAAUGCCUGUUGCCCUUUACAUUAUGUGCAAAUUUCAUGAUGAAUGGACCAAAA